CCUGUUGCCAUGGCAAUGUUUGACAUCACCUGUUCAAUGUUGCACCUUCAGUGCAGGGUUUGGUAGGAGAGAAAGGGAGCCGAAGAGAUCCAAGCUCUUGUUUUAAAACUCACACCUUCCGUUAUGACUAAGUGUGCCAAGAAAUAUCGAAAAGGAGCUGUCAGACUGAUGACCAUGGAAAUGGUUGAACAGGAUGACAAUGCAGUGGAUUCUAUGACAGAGAGAAGUGCUGGUCACCUUCAGAAUCAGCCAGGCCAAAGUCAGAUUUCCUCAGGAUCUGAGGUUUCUGUAGCUGCUUCCAGUGCUGGAAGAGGAUCUCCAGCUGUAACUCUAGUGCAGUUGCCUUCUGGUCAAACUGUUCAUGUCCAGGGUGUCAUUCAAGCCACACAGCCCUCAGUCAUUCAGUCACCACACAUGCAAGCUGUUCAGGUAGCAUCGAUUGCAGAUGAAGCUGCACAAUCAGAAGUGAUAAUUGAUUCUCAAAAACGUAGGGAAAUACUUUCAAGAAGGCCUUCAUACCGAAAAAUUUUGAAUGAGCUCUCAUCAGAUUCUCCUGCAAUAGCGAAGAUUGAAGAAGAAGAGAAGUCAGAAGAUGAAGGAACGCCUUCUGGUAUUUCUGCAAUGGCCAUGCCAACCAGCCUGUAUCAUACUAACACAGGGCAAUACCUUACCAUAUCUCAAGGUGGUACAAUUCAGACUGUGACAAACUCAGGAGCUCCUCAGCCAGGUGCUACCAUUGUGCAAUAUGCAGCACAGUCAUCUGAUGGCACACAACAGUUUUUUGUUCCUGGAAGCCCAGUUGUUGUUCAAGCUGCCACUGGAGACAUGCCAGCUUACCAGAUUCGAACUCCCACUACUACCUUACCUCAGGGAGUGGUUAUGGCAGCCUCUCCAGGGACUUUGCAUAGCCCUCAGCAAAUGGCAGAAGAGGCAACACGCAAGAGAGAGCUGAGACUUUUGAAAAAUAGGGAAGCUGCCAGAGAAUGUCGCAGAAAGAAGAAAGAAUAUGUCAAAUGUCUUGAAAAUCGUGUGGCUGUGCUUGAAAACCAAAACAAGACUCUCAUUGAGGAACUCAAGGCCCUCAAAGAUCUUUAUUGUCAUAAAGCAGAAUAACUGUCUUUCAUUUGGACCUCCUUUAUUAUGAACUUUAAUCAAGGCAUGAGAGGAAGCAAUUCUACAGAUUGCCAUAUGAACUUGAGAAAGAGACACUUGAGGCCCUUGUGGAACCCAGUUUUGCUUAGUGUUUUCAGACUGAUUUGGGAGAUAUUCCAAAAUUUGGAAUUCUGUCAUAGUCUCCAUAUUCUGCUGAGCUUUCUAAUGGCAUGCAAAUGGCUUUUUUGUUUGCACUUUUUACUUCUGCUUUUUGCAGGGAAGCUGCUAAAGAAUGUCGACGUCGGAAGAAAGAAUACAUAAAAUGUCUGGAGAGUCGUGUUGCAGUGCUAGAAGUUCAGAACAAGAAACU